AUGGCCCAUGACUUGCACGCUGGAUUUGAACGGCUGAGGACUAACUCUGGCAACUUAUCCCCCACAUCUCCGGAUGACAACACCACGCGCAGCCGCGAUAACGAAACACAUGGAACAGAGACAUGGGCAAACCAGGCUGACGCGGAGAAGACCGGCCCCCUUGAUAAAGGCAGGUUAUCUCAUCCUUCAAGCAGAGCUUCAGAUACGGAUUUGCAAUGGCUUGCUCGCAUCCAAGACGUGGGUCAUGCAAUUACACGGCCUAUCGACGUCCCCCAAGCCUCGGUUGGAGACGGUUCAGAGCGGACUACAGAUAAGAGCUGGGAGCCUGAGCCUGGCUCACGAUACCAGGAACCCUCUCCUUUCGAGGAGUUUAUGAGGGACCGAAGGCCGUCUAUUAGCUUCAAUCCCAAGGUCACAUUGGAGUCAGGUCAUGAACAGCCUUUGGAACAGCCUUUGCCGAAAUUGGCUAUUGACACGAGAGCGAGGAGUCGCCCAAUUCUGCUAGAGCUUGAAAGGUAUCCUGUGAGGUCGCCUCUCUAUCGAUCCCACAGCGAAGCCGACUGCAGAAAUUACGAUCCGGGGACUGGUGAGCUUCUGGGUUCGAGAUCACGGCGGAACCAAGCCCAAACUACACCUAGAUCUCCAGAAAACAGGUCACGGUGGCCGUUACUACAAUCUACCGCCGAAAGCCUCGCACAGGAACAAGAGCAAGCUAAUAUUCCUGAGCGAGGCGCCUCCUUGACUUCCGAGUCCACGCUUUCGCCAGUGGCCUCUGAGGUACACACACCCACCGACAAUAUGGAUAUCCUCAUCUCUCCGCUCUCCUCUCACGGCCCUUUCCCCUUCCCCGUCUCUUACGAAGACUCGAGCGCAUGGCCGAAAUUACGGCAGCAGCCCUCUGCAUCAAGGUCUAAGAGCUAUUCAAUAGAGAGGAGAGUGAGCAUGCGAGCGGCACAGCGGCAGGGUUCUCGAAGCUCACGUCGAUCCACAUCCUCUUCGAUGUCACCAGCAACAGCUUUCCUCUCCAGAUUUGCUCGCGAAGAGGCCUCUCCGGAACCAGACAGUGAAGGGCAAGAAGUGGGCGAAUACGUCAUUGGGAAGCAAGUCGGCUUUGGAGGCUUCAGUACAGUCAAAGAAGCAUACACAUUGGAGGGUGAGGAGAGAAUAUGUCGAGCCGUCAAAGUCGUCCGCAAGCAAGUCGCCGGCAAGGAAGAGCUGGAGAAUGAAUUACUACAAGCAGAAUUCGAGCAUGAAAUCUCCCUAUGGCGAUGCUUAGGUCAUCGCAAUAUUCUCCCGCUUAUCGAAGUAUACGUGACCGACUUUGCAACGUUCUGCUUCACGAAGCUCAAUACUGGUGGGACGCUGUUCGACUUGGUCCGGGCAAACCGGCAUGGGAUAAGCCGAGAUCUGGCGCGGCGGUACGCGUACCAACUCGCCUCUGCUAUACGGUAUCUACACGAAGACGUGCGAGUGGUUCAUCGUGAUAUCAAGCUUGAGAACUGCCUGGUCGACAUUUCUGACCCUGAUGUCGCCAGAGACGGAGGGAACAUCCUGCUCUGCGACUUUGGCCUUGCCGAAUUUGUCACGAGCGACACCAGAAGGAAAUCGCCAGAACCCUACGAGAGAGCAAUGGACCGUGCACCUCCUAAGAACAUCGGUCCGUCCGAGACCAGUACAUCGAUCGCAGGAAGCCUCCAAUAUGCUUCGCCGGAACUCAUCAUGAGCCCUGCCGGCUUCCUAAGCUCAGUGGUUGACAUGUGGGCUUACGGGGUCGUGAUUUACGCACUCCUGGUGGGUGAUCUACCUUUCCAGCACAUGUUCCAGCCGCGAGUGCAGAUGAUGAUCCUCGCGGGCGAAUGGGACAUGACGGCGCUGGAGACCGCUGUUGGAGUUAUCGGAUAUGAGGAGGAAGUCUUGGAGCUUAUGAGCGGGUGCCUCGAGAUGGAGAGCGAGCGACGCUGGACGAUUGCACAGGUCCUUAAGAGCAGGUGGCUUGACGGGUGUCAAGAAAUGCUUGAGGACCUGAAGGAGGAUUGGAAGCUUUGA